AUGCGGUUAUGUGUGUCACUUUCCUCAGCCUUAAUAAGACGUUGUGUUAGUCUCAGUCUUCCUUGUCGUACAUAUACAGUUGGUAGACCUAGAUACCUAACUGGUCAUGAAACUAAUUUCGGUCUCAGGAUUUGUCCUCUGAGAAAAUUUCAUUUUGAUCCCAUUCUUUUCGCUGUACGUGUGGUUAAUGUGCCGCCGUUUGCUGAAUCUGUCACAGAAGGAGAUAUUGUGUGGAAAAAGGCGGUUGGUGAUGCUGUGGAGGCAGAUGAUGUGGUCGCGGAGAUCGAAACUGACAAAACAAAUGUUCCAGUCCCUGCCCCUUGUGCGGGUGUGAUAACGCAGUUAUUAGUUGAAGAUGGGGGAAAAGUUUGUGCUGGUCAGGAAAUAUUUAAAAUGGAAGAAGGUGCUGUCUCGACUUCCAAAUCACCUGAAAAGAAACCAGUUCAAGAGUCUGAGCAGAAACAACUUAGAGACAAACCUACUUCCACUCCAUCUUCAAAGCCUGCAGCUGUCUCUUCACCUGUACCCACAACGGAAAAAGCUUCUACACCUAGGGUUUCCGACACUGCUACAAGUCCUUCUGUGACACAGUCACAUACACUAUCUUCCGAUGAUGCACGUUCAGAACAGCGUGUUAAGAUGAGCCGAAUGAGACUUCGCAUCGCUCAAAGACUAAAAGACGCUCAAAAUACAUGUGCAAUGUUGAGUACGUUCAAUGAAAUCGAUAUGUCAAAUCUUUUUGAACUCAGACGUCAAUAUAAAGACACUUUUUUGAAAAACCACGGUGUCAAGUUAGGAAUGAUGUCCACAUUUGCGAAAGCUUCCGCUAUCGCCCUCAUGGACCAACCAGCUGUCAACGCUGUUAUUGACGGUUCUGACAUUAUUUACAGAGACUAUGUCGAUAUUAGUAUUGCAGUAGCCACUCCUAAAGGGCUUGUUGUUCCUGUGUUGCGCAAUGUUGAGAAAAUGAAUUAUGCUGAUAUUGAGCGUGGGAUUCAUGAUAUGGGUGUAAAGGCUCGUGAUGGGAAGUUGGCUGUCGAAGAUAUGGAUGGCGGUACUUUUACAAUCAGUAACGGUGGUGUAUUUGGCUCCUUGUUUGGUACCCCUAUAAUCAAUCCACCCCAAUCAGCAAUUUUGGGUUUAUAUGGUGUAUUUGACCGACCUGUUGCACGAAAUGGGCAGGUUGUUAUUCGUCCGAUGAUGUAUGUUGCACUAACUUAUGAUCAUCGUUUGAUUGAUGGACGUGAAGCAGUUUUAUUUUUACGCAAAAUCAAGGAAUUUGUUGAAGAUCCACGAACAUACUUCCUUCAAAUUUAA